AUGUUUAUUCUCUCUCAUUCUUUAUCAUCAUCAACCGUUACAAUUGAAAAUAUAACAUAUUUAGAAAAUUGUUAUUUUUCUAAAUUGGACUAUGAUAAUAAUUUAAAUACUCAUUUCGAUUCACCUUAUUCGAUAUCAAUUCAAGCCAUCUACUCAUUGUUUACGCAUAAUCAACUAGUCAUACCCGGUCAAAUAUAUAAAUCAUUAGCAGUCAUACCAUUUCUAGUCAAAUGUUCUAAUUAUUACAAUAUAUCAAAAACAUAUUUACCAUUUACAUCGUGUUUAUAUGCAAUUAUUGAUCGAAAUAUAAAACUUUCUAAUCAUGAAUAUACUCGUACAUUACUUGAAUUAAAACAAAUUGAGUCAUGGAAUGAUGACGUACCUAUUUUAUAUCUUGGUGAAAAUCGUCUUCUAUUAUGUAAUUGUUCAUUUCAAUCUAAUAAUCAUGUGUAUCAAUUAUCAUCUAGUCAAAUAUUUUCAUUGAAAAUUGAAUUUGAAGCACCAGUGAAUCAAACAUGUUCAAUAACAACAAAAAAACAUAAUAAAUGUAAUUCAAAAACAUCCUAUUGUCAAAAUGGUCAAUGUCAAUGUCGUAUAGGAACCAUUAUGAGGUCAAUAAUAAAUAAUGAUAAUAAAAUAAAACAAUCUUAUUGUAUUGACAAUUCAAAUUGUACACUAGAUCAUUUUCGUUGUAUACAAUGGUGUAAUGAUCGAGAGUUACCAUCACUCUGUCAAUGUCUAAAUGGAAGUUUAAACGUGCAAUAUUCUUGUCAAUUAACUCUCGAUGGAUUAUGCGAUAAUAUCAGUUAUUGUUCUCCGGCUACAAUAUGCAAUGGAACACAUUGUAUCCAAAGAAAACACUUAAAUAAAAUUAAAAUAUUUUGGAAUAUUAUAGCCACAUUAAAAUUUACAUUGAUUAUCAUCACAUUAAUUAUUGUCUUUUUUUGUGUCUUAUUUUUAUGUUUUAUUCAUCAUAAUUUUUUUUCAACAAAACAUCGAAAAAGCAAUAAUUCGUUACUGUCAAAAACACUUCCGUUCGAAAAUAAUUACACUACAUCAUCCUUAUUUAAUCAUUGUACUAGUAAUAUUUCAACGAGAACCGAUUCAACAAGAGCAGAUAGUGAUGACAUAAAUUCAUGGUCAGAAAAAAGCAAAAUAUAUCAGAUAACGGAUUAUUUCUAUUUAAAUAGUAAAUUGGUAGGCAUCAGUGAAAAGAUGAAUACAUCGUACAAUGGUAAAGAUAGUGGUGAAUUUUAUCCAAAAGUUAUUGGACGAUUAGAUACUGGAGAUAUUUUAAUUUCAGUGUAA